GCUGGGACAAGUUAGGCAGAUGAGGCCACUGGGCGGUGAGACGGCUCAUGUUGUUGAGGAUACUAAGGAUGCCAAUGAUGUUAAUGAUGCUCCUGCUGCAGUUAUGGCUCAAUCAAUUGUUGAUGUGGAAGAGGUUCAGGUAGUUGAGGGUGUUGUUGCUGACAGUCAGGGUAAUGUGGAGAAGAUGCCCACACCUAUGUCGUUGUUGGCUUCAGUUGAAGUUGUUAGCCAAGCUCCUUCUUCAAUUGGGAGACCACCAUUGAGUUUUGCUCAAAUUGUAAGGGGAUCACCAUCUGUGGGUGGGAGUCCUCCUGCAACUGGGCACUCAACUGAGCUUGGUAAGUAAGCAGAUUCUGGGAAUUUACAGGGGCAGUUGACUCAAGGUGGUAAGACUGACUCUAGUAAGGGAAAUGAGAAUGUGCAACCAAAGGCUACUAAAGGGAAGAAAGUAUA